GGACAGUGUGUGCCACUCACCCCUAAAUUCCAUACAUAGUGCCCGGUUCUUUUUCGUGAGCAUCUUCAAAGGUGAGCUAGUUUUUUUGGAGUCUAGCAACUCCCUUCUUUCCCUUAUCUUCGCUUGUGUGUCCGUUCAUAGGGCAGGAUUGUUCCUUCUCGAUUACCGUUUGUGUUCAUAUGAGGUUCCUUCAAGCAUUUAAGUGUGGUGCACGGAGCCCGCUGGGCUCCGAAGAGGAGAGAAGGCACCAAGGUCGGUCGGAUAGCUCCGCCGCGGGAUUUUCAUUGGAACCCGGACUAGCCCGGAAUCCCAACCGCCUGCAAGGGUCGGAGGUCUGCAAUGGGUCACGGGGUCUGGGGGAGGUCUUCAAGUGUCUUGAUCGGCAGCAAGAAGGGGUCUUCGGAAGUCUUGAGCAGUCCCAGGCCAGCGGCAGCAAUAGGGGUCUUGAAGGAGGUCUUGGUCAGGUCGAUGAUGGAAGCAAGGCGAACUGCAAAGGUCUUGUUCAGGUCGAUGAUGGAAGCAAGGCGAACUGCAAAGGUCCACAAGCAUUGGACAAGAUGGACAAGGAAGCGGGGAGGGCGAAUGGGGCAGGGCUAGGCAAGGGACAAGGGCAGAUCAGACAUCAGGAAUCGGGGUCAAGGGCAAGGGUGGCUGCGGCAGGGGUGUGUGUAGAACAAGGUGGCGAGGUUGUAGCAGGGUUUAAGCAAGGGUUUAGGGUUUUAGCAAGUGUUGUACCUGAGCGUGGUUCCGUAGGCAUGGAAGAGUUGUUUCUAGAAUUAGGAGAGGAAGCGGGGGUCACGAUCACUGAUGAUAUUCUCGGGGACGCCGUGGUGUCGGGCGACAUGGUCGAAGAAGAGAAUGGCAAUGUCUUUGGCAUUGUGCGAGGUGGUACAAGGAAUGAAAUGAGCACGUUUGGUCAGGCGGCAAACAAUGACGUAGAUGCAAUCAUGCCCGCGGUCGGCUUUGACGUCGGCAAGGAUAGAAGGCCAAUGGAAAUAUCGGGAGAUGGUGUCAAAGGUUUUCUGGAAACCAAGGUGGCCAGCGGUCUUGGCGUCGUGGUGCUUGGCCAAGAGUUGGGUGUGGAGGCCAUGGGAGUUAGGGAUGCAGAGUCGGCGAGUGCCUUUGGUCUCGAUGUAAAGGAGGUUGUCAUGAAAUGUGCAUUUGCUGAGCUUGGCGUAGAAUUUCUGGUCGCGGAGGAUGGCGAGAACUUGGCGGAGAUGAUCAAGGUGGGACUCGAAGGUGGGGCUAAAAACAAGGAUGUCGUCGAGGUAGAUCACGACACAGACUUCGAGGAGGUCGCGGAAGAUGUGGUUCAUGGUGGAUUAGAAUGUGGCGGGGGCGUUGGUGAGACCGAAAGGCAUUACGAGAAACUCGUAGUGCCCGAAGCGGGAGCGAAAGGCGGUCUUGUGGGUGUCCUUCUCGCGGAUGCGGAUCUGGUGGAAGCCACUGCGGAUGUCGAUCUUGGUGAAGUAUUCGGCUCCACGGAGGCGAUCAAGAAGUUCGGAUAUCCGGGGAAGCGGAUACUUGUUCUUGAUCGUGAUCCAGUUCAAGGCGCGGUAGUCUGUGCACAUGCGGAGUUCCGAGGUGCCGUUCUUCUUGACGAAGAGACAGCUGGUUCUGAAGGGGGAGGAGCUAGGCUUAAUAAAUCCUUUUUCAAGGAGUUCAUUGAGCUGGCGCUUCAUUUCUUCGGCCUCGGGGACAGAGAGCUGGUAUGGGGGGCGGCAAGGGGGGGAGUGGUCGGGCUCGAGAUCGAUGGUGUGGGAAACACCUCGGUCGGGAGGUAGUCCGACGGGCAAGGAUUUGGGAAACACGUCUUUGAAUUCGGAUAGGAGGGCGGAGAUCUGAGGGUCGGAGGGGGGUUCUUGGUCGGGUUUGUCCGUUGGAAGCAAGUCCUCGGGACGGUCGCGGUCAAUGACAAGGCAAUAGUAGGCGGAGUCGGGGUGCUCAUGGGUCAUGUGAAGAAAUUGGUGAGGAGAGACGGGGGAAGGGGUGGAGAGGCGGAUGAAAGAGGGGUGGAAGGUAUAGGGCAUGUAGCGGUCGAGCCAAAGAGUC